AUGAGUCAUUUGAAUGCCUUCUAUGAGUUGACAAAUUCUCACCGACCGCCAAAUGUGGAGCAUCACCGGAUCAAGAGAGCUUUAUUCCCUUUCUCAUUGAGAGAGAAAGCAAGGGAAUGGUAUGACUCAUUACCGGGCUACAACAUAGCAACAUUUGAGGAGUUGAAGUCGAAGUUUCUCUUAGAGUACAAUUCUCCAAUGAAGAUAGAGAAGUUGAGAGAGGAGAUCACUUCAUUCCGGCAAAAGUAUGAUGAGUCAUUUGCCGAAGCUUGGAAGAGAUUUACAGACUUGCUAAGGAAAUGCCCAAGUCACGGACUAGCUCCGGGGCAUGAUCUUUUGAAGUUCUACAAGGGACUUAAUCAUGAAGGCACAGGGUUGGUUACUGCAGGUUCGAGUGGGAACUUGGACGAUUUGACCCAUGAUGAGGUGAGAGCGCUAUUUCAAAGAUUAGCGAACAAUCAGAGGAAUUGGCAUAAUCCAAGGAAGAUGGCCGCGGGAGAUACAUUUGGUGCUACUAAGGAGUCGGAAAGAGUGUCAGCUAUAGAAGCUCAAAUGGCUGACUUUAGUACUCAAAUUUCGUCGAUGACGAAUGCUGUCAAAUCUAUGCAGUUGACUCCUCAACCCCAAGCUGCGCCUAUGAUGAAGUGUGGAGUGUGCCAAGGAGGACAUUAUACAGAUCAAUGUCCAAGUUUGCAAGGAGCACCAGUGGAGGAUGUGAACUACAUUGGCAACAAUCGUCAAGGUUUCAACCAAGGAGCUCAAUAUACCAAUCAACAAAACUGGAGGCCUCAACAAGGAAACUGGAAUCAAGCUGGUUAUAGCAACACUGCAGGAAAUCAAUGGAGGAGCAAUAUCCAACCUCCGGGAUUUGAGAAGAAGCCAUCCAAUGAUGAUCAAGUUGCGCAGAUCUACUCCUUUAUGACCAAGAAUCAAAAGGAGAAUGAUCAAUUCAAGGAAAAAGUGAAUGAGAAGUUUGGCCAUAUUGAUGCUACAAUGAAGAAUUUAGAGAGAAUGAUAGGCCAAAUUGCUUCAGCUGCGCAAACAAGGACUCAAGGAUCUAUUCCGAGCACCACAGUCACAAACCCGAAUGUUAAUGAACAAUGUAAAGCGGUUACUCUUAGAAGUGGAAAGAAUUUAGAUUCUAUGCCAAUAAUGGACGGCCAAGGGUCUUCCGGCAUCUCACACGCAGGGGCGGAUGAGGUGUUAGGCUUGCACUCCUCGCACGCAGGGGCGGACGAGGUGUGUAAGGGAAGUCCCGAGUUAGUGCAGAAGGCACAACAUGGUCAAGAUGGGGCUGCAUCCGGCGGCAAGAUAAUUGGUAUGGAAUCUGAAUCUCAUGGAAGACUAUCGGUUGAAGAAAAAGGAAAGAAGAUAGAAGAAGCAGACAUGAGUUCAGAGAAGAAGGUUACUUUAAGCCCAGCACAAGAUCCCAAGAGCAUGUUCAAUUUUCCCGAUCAUAUUCCACCUCCACCAUAUCCAUCAAAGAGGAGGAAAAGAGUCCCUAAAGAGAAGAGCUUCGAAUGGAUGAUGAAUGUGAUCAGAAAGGUAAAUGUGGAUGUCUCUUUAGUUGAUCUCUUCACCAAUUUCCCUAAAUUCUCCAAGUUCUUCAAAGACAUGAUGGCAAACAAGGAGAAGCUUCAAGAUGAGGGAAUUGUCCCGUUGAGCAUGAAUUGCUCACAAUUAAUUUCGGGAAUGAUGCCAAGAAAGAAGAGUGAUCCGGGGGGAUGUGUGAUUCCUUGUGAGAUUGGGGAUACCAUAUUCACAAAAUGCCUUUUAGAUCAAGGAUCGGGAAUAUCUCUCAUGGCUUUGAAAACUGCUCGAGCCAUAGGAUUGGAGAAGAGAAUUGAACCUAUAGAUAUUGCUCUUCAAUUGGCUGAUCACUCAAUUGUGAAGCCAACUGGGAUUGUAGAGGAUGUGCUAGUGAAAGUGGACAAGUUCAUCAUUCCCGUUGACUUUAUUGUCUUAGACAUGCCAGAAGAUAAGGAAGUGCCUAUUCUCUUUGGGCGGCCUUUUCUAGCCACUGGAGAUGUGCUUCUUGGCACAAAAGAUAACUCCGUCACUUUUAGAAUCAAUGGUGAACAAGUGACUAUCAAUGUAGAUAAAGUGAUGAAGCAUCCAAGUGAUGCUAAGGCAUGCUUUAGAGUUGAUGUUCUUGAUCGAUGUAUUUUCGAGAAGAGUUGUUGUUCGGUGCAAAAGGAAGAUAGUGUGUUUGAUGAAGGGAGUUUGGAACAAGAUUUUGGUUUCCCAAUGAAAGUUGACUUCAAUGAAGAGGAGAAUUAUGAACAGGAAAUAAGCAAGGUAGUUGAUGCUUGUGUGGCAGAUUUGAGACCUUCUAUUGAAGUCCCACCUAAGCUUGAAUUGAAAGCUCUCCCAUCAAAUCUCAAGUAUGCAUUUUUAGGUGAGAAUGAGACACUCCCGGUUGUCGUGUCGGCUUUGUUGAAUAAUGAAGAAGAGUCAAAAUUGAUAGAGCUUUUGAAGCUUCAUAAGCAAGCUCUAGGAUGGUCAAUUGCCGACAUCAAAGGAAUUAGCCCUGCAGUUUGUAUGCACAAAAUUCUCAUGGAAGAUGAAGCUACACCGGUGAGAGACAAGCAAAGGAGGCUAAACCCUAUUAUGCAAGAGGUUGUUGAGAAGGAGGUGAAGAAGUUGUUAGAUUUUGGUAUGAUCUAUGCAAUUUCUGACAGUCAAUGGGUGAGUCCUGUUCAAUGUGUACCAAAGAAAGGGGGGAUAACUGUGAAGAUAAAUGAGAAGAAUGAGGUCAUGGCGACGAGGUUAGUAAAUUCAUGGCGAAUGGAUAAGGCAAAGAUUGAUGUGAUUUCAAAAUUGCCACCUCCAACAAAUGUGAAGGGCAUCCGUAGUUUCCUUGGACAUGCGGGAUUCUACCGAAGAUUCAUAAGAGAUUUUUCAAAGAUUGCAAAGCCACUUUGCAACUUACUUGAAAAGGAUGCCAAGUUUGUUUUUGAUGAUAAAUGCCUUGAGGCAUUUGAGAUUCUCAAGAAAAAGUUAGUUGAAGCUCCUAUUAUUAUCACACCUGAUUGGUCGAAGCCAUUUGAGUUGAUGUGUGAUGCUUCAGACUAUGCCGUGGGGGCCGUUCUAGGUCAAAGAAGAGAGAAGGUCCUACAUGCCAUCUACUAUGCUAGCAAAGUACUCAAUGAGAAUCAAUUGAAUUACACUACAACAGAGAAGGAAAUGCUAGCUGUCAUCUUUGCUUUUGAGAAGUUUCGUGCUUAUCUACUAGGUACGAAGGUGGUCGUAUUCACAGACCAUUCCGCUAUUAAGUAUUUAAUGAACAAGAAAGAUGCAAAGCCACGAUUGGUGAGAUGGAUCCUACUUUUGCAAGAAUUUGAUGUUGAAAUUAAAGACAAGAAAGGAUCCGAGAACUUGGUUGCUGAUCAUCUUUCUAGACUUGAUGGUGUGGAGGAGACAGAAGAUGAGAAAAGGAGAAAAAUCAAUGAGAAAUUUCCCGAUGAGCAAGUGUUUCAAGUGAGUGCUCGGGAAACAUAUGUGCCAUGGUUUGCCGAUUUGGCAAACUACCUUGUCACGGGUUUGAUGCCGGAAGGAUUGUCUUCUAACCAAAAGAAGAAGUUUUUGAGUGACACUCGCAUGUAUGUUUGGGAAGACCCUUUUCUCUUCCGUCUUGGUAGUGAUGGAGUGAUUCGAAGGUGUGUGGGAGAACAUGAACACCUUCAGAUUAUAUCUGCAUGUCAUGAUUCAGAAUAUGGCGGUCACUUUGGAGCACGUAGAACUGCAUUUAAAGUGCUACAAUCCGGAUUCUUUUGGCCAUCUAUCUUCAAGGAUGCUAAAGCCUAUGUAGAGAGAUGUGACAGUUGUCAAAGAACCGGGAAUAUCUCUUGGAGGAAUGAAAUGCCGAUGAAUAAUAUCCAUGAGGUGGAGCUCUUUGAUGUUUGGGGAUUAGAUUUCAUGGGGCCUUUUCCCAAGUCUAAUGGGAAGCAAUAUAUCUUAGUUGCAGUGGACUACGUUUCUAAGUGGGUAGAGGCUGAGGCAUUACCUACCAAUGAUGCUAAAGUGGUGUUGAGAUUCAUCAAGUCUCAUAUCUUCAACCGCUUUGGAACACCUCGAGCCAUCAUUAGUGAUGGAGGUACUCAUUUUUGCAAUAAGUUGUUUGCAAACCUCCUUGGAAAGUAUGGUGUUCAGCAUAAAGUUGCUACCCCUUAUCAUCCCCAAACAAGUGGCCAAGUGGAAGUCUCCAAUCGUGAGAUUAAAAGAGUUCUUGAAAAGGUGGUGAAGCCGUCCCGAAAAGAUUGGUCUCAAAAACUAGAUGAUGCCUUGUGGGCAUAUCGAACGACUUAUAAAACUCCUAUUGGAACUUCCCCUUACAAGAUGGUGUUUGGAAAGGCAUGUCAUUUGCCGGUUGAGCUUGAGCAUAAGGCGUUUUGGGCCUUGCAAAUGUUGAAUUUGGAUUAUGAGUUUAGGCUGAAUGCUUAUGAGAGCGUUGAUCUCUACAAGGAGCGGGCAAAGAAGAUUCAUGAUGCAGCCAUCAAACCUCGUCGAUUCCAUGAAGGACAGUUGGUCCUAUUGUACAAUUCUCGGUUGAAACUUUUCCCGGGAAAACUCAAGUCAAGAUGGUGGGGUCCGUUUGUUGUGCACAAGGUGUAUCCUUAUGGUGCAGUGGAUAUUCGUGAUCCUAAGUCCAAUGAUGUAUGGAAGGUGAAUGGUCAGAGGUUGAAGGUUUAUCUAGGCGGUGACCUGUUGAAGGAAGAAAGGGAGGCGGUCGCACUACAAGAUUCACAAGUGUAG